AUGCCACUGGUUGCAUUUCCAGGCGUCUUUGGGGCUUCUUUGUCAGCCCAGCAUGCGAGAAACACAGACUGUGUUAACGGUCCAUCAAAUCGGGCUUGCUGGAGCGAGGGAUUUGAUCUCUCAACCAACUACUAUGAAAAGGUCCCCGACACUGGGGUGGUGCGCGAGUACUGGUUCAACGUUGAAAACACCACGGCCGCCCCCGAUGGCGUUGAGAUGCCUGUUCAACUCAUUAAUGGAUCAUUCCCGGGCCCAACCAUCAUCGCUGACUGGGGGGACACUAAAUUGACGAAGAGUAAAAAAGUCGUUCAUGUCAAGAACUCUCUGCAGAACAACGGCACCGGCCUACACUUCCAUGGCAUUCGCCAAAACUGGACAGACGCCAUGGACGGUGUACCCAGCAUUACCCAAUGCCCCAUCGCGCCCGGUGGCUCCUACACCUACCGCUGGCGUGCUGUCGAAUAUGGUACUGGUUGGUACCAUUCCCACUUUUACGUCCAAGCUUGGGACGGUGUUUUCGGGGGAAUCCAGAUCAAUGGUCCGGCGACAGCCAACUAUGAUGUUGAUCUUGGACACGUUUUCCUCAAUGAUUGGUACCACGCCACUGCCGACCAACUUGUUCUCAAAGCGGCAACGGGAGGACCUCCUACGGCUCCGAAUGGCCUUAUCAAUGGAACCAACGUGUGGGGUAGCAAGGGAUCUCGUUUCUCAACUACCUUCGAGGCUGGUAAAAGAUACCGUAUGCGCCUUGUAAAUGCUGCUGCGGACCAGCACUUCCGUUUCAUGAUCGACAACCACACUCUCGAGGUGAUUGCAAACGACUUUGUACCUAUUGUGCCUUACAACGCAACCGACCUCAGCAUCGGAAUGGGUCAACGAUACGAUGUCAUUGUCACUGGAAAGCAGCUGACCAGUGGGAACUUUUGGCUGCGAGCCAUUCCCCAGGAGGCUUGCUCUGAGUCGGAUGCGGUCGACCUGGUUAAGGGCAUCAUUCGCUAUGACAACUCUUCUACCGCAGACCCGACUACCUCAGCAUACAGCUAUACUGACUCAUGUGCCGAUGAGGAUCCCUCCAAUCUUGUUCCCUACUUGGCCCUCAACGCGUCCAGCACAUAUGCCUAUGGCGAGGAUGAAAAAGUCGAAGUCCAGGUCACGGAUAAUGCUCUUCUUUGGUUGAUGAACAAGACUUCAUUCCAUACGCAAUGGGAGUACCCCACUCUGCAGCAGGUCGCUGAUGGUAAUCGCACUUGGCUCGCCAAGCAAGGUGUCAUCCAUCUCCCCCGUGCUGAUGAAUGGGUGUACCUGGUAAUCCAUUCCCCUUUUGCUCAGGACCACCCCAUGCACCUUCACGGACAUGACUUCUGGGUUCUCGGCUCUGGGUAUGGCAACUUCGAUACAUCUAUGAAGAGCAGCUUGACUUUGGUGAACGCUCCGCGACGAGAUGUUGUCAUGCUGCCUGCCAGUGGAUAUGUAGUCAUUGCCAUGAAGACAAACAACCCUGGUGUCUGGCUCAUGCAUUGUCAUAUCGCGUGGCAUACCUCCGAAGGAUUUGCCGUGCAGCUUCUUGAGCGAGCCUCGGAAAUCGAAAUUGAUCAUGAUCAGCUCAAUUCCACCUGCGCUGGGUGGCAGAGUUAUGUCGCCGCUCAGGAUGUGGGUCAAUACGAUUCUGGCGUCUAA